GUCAAAUCUCCCAAUCUGUACGCUUCCUAUAUAUACUCCUUAUUCUAUCAUCUCACUCAAAUUAAACAAACCCCAAACAAUAAUUAAUUAAACACAUACUCUUCUCUCCAUACUAAUCCAAACUCUCUCACUCUUUCUCUUUUGCUAAUAAAGUCUAUCCGUAUAUAUAAUUAACUACAUAAAAAAAUGGAUGUUCACAUGGGAGAUCAGUUAUAUGGAUCAGUAAUUACAAGUAUUGAUCAUGAUCAUGAUCAAUUACAUAGUAGUGAAGAAGAUCAUCAUCGUCAAUUGGAUUUAAGGAAAGGUCCAUGGACAGUUGAGGAAGAUAACAUGCUUUUCAAUUAUGUCUCCAUCCAUGGCGAAGGUCGCUGGAACUCCCUUGCCCGCCAUGCAGGUCUAAAAAGAACUGGUAAGAGCUGUAGAUUGAGAUGGUUAAACUACUUGCGACCAAGUGUUCGAAGAGGAAAUAUUACCCUUCAAGAACAACUUCUUAUUCUUGAACUUCAUUCUCGUUGGGGUAACAGGUGGUCCAAAAUAGCCCAAUAUCUUCCUGGAAGGACGGACAAUGAGAUCAAGAACUAUUGGCGAACCAGAGUGCAAAAGCAAGCUAAGCAACUCAAAUGUGACGUCAACAGUAAGCAAUUCCAAGACGCCAUGCGUUAUGUUUGGAUUCCCCGUUUAGUUGAGCGGAUUCAAUCGGGUCGAUCCGACCCAUCUCCAGCCGGUCUGCCCGUUUCCACUGGAUCUAACACCCAAGUCUAUGACUGGGCCAACCCGAAACCAAUGCCCGACAUGUCUGGGUCUUCAUCAGAUACGUCAGAGGCACAACUCUCCUCGGUUUCGGAUCUUACCGAAUGCGGCCAACCGAUGGGAACAGGGUCGGGUGGGUCAUUCCAGUAUGGGCCGGAUAUCCAAGUAAAUGCACAAAACGAGACUUGGUUAAGUGGUGGGGACUCAUCAUUAGAGAAUUGGUGGAGCGAGGAGGAUCUACAGUUUCUGGAGACUGCUUUGCUAUGACUUUAUUAUUAAGUUAAAAUUAUGUCCAAUAAUAGUAACAAACACAACAUCACAAGAAUUUUCUUACGUGACGCAUUUGAGAUUCCAUGACACACACAAUUUAAAUAUUUAUAUAUAGGUAAUAGCUGAUAGGGAGAGGGAAAAAUCAAGAACAUAUACACUAAACUCUUUUUUU